CGCAAUGCUCGGGAUACUGCCUGGCUAACUGAAUUUUGCUUACAGUGAAGAUUCUGGUGUUAAGAUACCGCAUCACAAUGCGAAAGAGUUGGACAUUCAAUCCUUCCCAGUGCGGCUCUGGCCGUAACAUGGCCUCCUGGGAGGUCUCGGGCGGCGAACACGCCACGUACUUGAUAGAUGUCUCGUGGCCACUGGACUGGCAAGGAACAAAUAUAUCGUCGGUCGCAAAUGCAGUAUAUCUCGUGGAUGGCAAUGCCAUGUUUCUCUCAGCAACAGAUGUUACUCGCCGGCAGGAGUCCCUUCGCCCUAAUAAGCCCAGCACAAUCGUUGUAGGGAUUGGAUAUCCCUUAAAAGAUAGCGUCUAUGGUCCUGGGCGAUCUUUGGACCUCACCCCACCAUGCGAUCACUAUACCCCGCCAGAUGGCCCCGAUGGCAAGCCUCGACCAGAACCUCAUGGCGGCGCAGAUCGAUUUCUUUCUUUCAUCAACCAUAUACUACGUCCGUUUAUUGCAACUGUAUUCCCUAACGUCAGUUUCGCUCGAACCGCAUUGUUCGGCCACUCAUACGGUGGAUUGUUUGUGUUGAAUACUCUUUUCACCAAUCCGACCAGCUUCGAUACAUACCUUGUAGCCAGUCCAUCUAUAUGGUGGAACGAGAAAUUCAUUAUGACUAAGGUAGCACAGUUCCUCCAGGGGCCAAGACAAAGUACGCGACCUACGGUUAGACUAUCGUACGGCACCUGGGAGCAGUAUCCUGUACGCCGCAGAGGGGAGCCAUUAGAAAAGUACGAACGAAGAGUAUGCAUAGCAGCAAAGCGUCGUAUGGCAGACAACUGCAACGAGAUGUAUCUACGGCUUGUUGGUAGCCAGCAAUUGCAGUCGGUGGAGAAAAGAGAGUAUCUCGAUGAAGAUCAUGGGAGUGUCAUUAGUCCCGCCCUCAGUGGGGCGGUUCUUCAUUUUCUAGAUUUAGAAAAUGAAGCUGACUCGUGAAAAUCUUUCUUGUUAAAUUCAACCUCUUCUUCCAGUAGUGUCUAACGGACGUGUCAUGGCCAAGGUCAUGCUUCAUGUACGGGGUUGUUCCCUAUGCAGAUAUG